CAGAGACAGAGGGGAGCUUUGUCCGCUGGCCCCAGGGCACCGGCCUCCUAUCUCUGGCUGUGCGUCCUGGGAACAUGCAGGGACUCCUCCUGGCCACCUUUCUCCUGGCAGCCCUGUCACAGUUCUGCUGCAGGGCACAGGGCACCGGGCCAUUAGAUGUGACUCCUGAAAGAAGGCCUGGAGAAGCAUCAGAAGUUCAGCAUCGUAAACAGGUCUGUCACUGGCCCUGUAGAUGUCCUCAGAAGCCCAGUUGCCCUCCUGGAGUGAGCUUGGUGAGGGAUGGCUGUGGAUGCUGUAAAAUCUGUGCCAAGCAACCAGGGGACAUCUGCAAUGAAGCUGACCUCUGCGAUCCACACAAAGGACUGUACUGUGACUACUCAGCAGACAGGCCUAGGUACGAGACCGGAGUGUGUGCAUAUCUUGUGGCUGUGGGAUGCGAGUUCAACAGGGUACAUUAUCAUAAUGGCCAAGUGUUUCAGCCCAACCCCCUGUUUAGCUGCCUCUGUGUGAGUGGGGCCAUUGGAUGCACCCCUUUGUUCAUACCAAAGCUGGCUGACAGUCACUGCUCUGGGGCUAAAGGUGGAAAGAAGUCUGAUCAACCAAACUGUGGCCUGGGACCAUUACAACAGCAGCUCUCAACAACCUACAAAACAAUGCCAGCUUAUAGGAAUCUCCCACUUAUUUGGAAAAGAAAAUGUCUUAUUCAAGCUACAAAGUGGACCCCUUGCUCCAGAACAUGUGGGAUGGGAAUUUCUAACAGGGUAACCAAUGAAAAUAACAAGUGCCAACUGAGAACAGAGAAAAGACUGUGCUAUAUUCAGCCUUGUGACAGUAAUAUACUAAAGACAGUACAGAUCCCCAAAGGAAAAACGUGCCAACCUACUUUCCAACUCUUCAAAGCUGAAAAAUUCGUCCUCUCUGGAUGUUCAAGCACCCAGAGUUAUAAACCCACUUUCUGUGGACUAUGCAUGGAUAAGAGAUGCUGUGUUCCUAAUAAGUCUAAGAUGAUUACCAUUCAAUUUGAUUGCCCAAAUGAAGGGUCAUUUAAAUGGAAGAUGCUGUGGGUCACAUCUUGUGUAUGUCAGAGAAACUGCAGAGAUUCGGGAGAUAUAUUUUCUGAGCUCAAGAUUCUCUAAAGCCAAACACAUGGGGGAAAUCUCAAGGUUAGUCAAUCAUGUCAUUACAUCAAAAGGUUAGAAUGGUUUUAAAAAGGUGGCAAAACGACCUUAUUGGUUUAAAAUAGUAAGAAUGCCUAUUCUCAUUUGACUGUAUUUAAGGCAUUAGGAGCUUUUAAAAAGGUUCUCCUACAAAGAUAUGUAGAAUUUGAAAGUCUUAAAAUUGAACUUACUUUAAAAUGUAUCUUAUCUGCACUAAUAAAAGAGAAACAUGCAAAUUGUGUUACUCUGCUACGCCCAUCAGCCAAUCAGGAUGAAUAUGCAAAUCAACCCCAAAAAAGAUGGUGGUUAAUUUGCAUAUGCAGGCGCAGAGCAAAGACUGAAGGCUCCGCCCGAGGGAAGAU